UCCUCCCUUCCCCACAGUACUGUAUACCUAGGUAGCAAGUACUAACACUGUCGGUGCCUUGACUACUGGUGCCUUGACUACUCGCCCUCAGAUCGGUCCAACUUUUCACCAUCACGCAACUGGCUCCCUCGAGAGUAGUAUCUGUACAAGCCCAGUGAGAUGGACCAUCAAGUAAGUCACAAGCUACAGCAUACUCAUAGUACAAAGCGAGGGAAGAGUACUGUCGGCACCUGCGUGAUCUUUGUUUAUCCUCCUGUCCAUUCUGAUGGAAUCUAGUCCGAAGCCAUUCCCGAAGGCUGGACCAAUGAUCCACACCACCUCGAGCUCUAUUUCGGCUACAACAGCUUGGAAGCCUACCGGUCCCGAUGCUUCGGCAUCGUAGACGCUAAGAUUGUUCUGUUAGGUACCAAGGAUAUGGACUAUAUCAUUACCUCAGGCGGGCGUUACUACUGGGGACAUUUCAUGCUUGAGGAUCAUCUGUCUGAAAUCACCAGGCCUACGACCUUUGCGGGAAAUCUGAAUGCACUCGCAACCAAGGGCUUCAGAGGAUUGCGCUUGAAGACACUCAAGAUGUUCAAAAUCGACGAAAAACCUCCCAACCAGGUGCCACCAGAGCACGAAGCAAACCGGGUCCUAUUUGUCCCCGCGGAGGACGUUCCAGAAUCAAGUCGCACAACCUAAGUACCCUCCCUGGCCACGCCAAUCACAACUCACAGUGAGUCGAAAUCAUUGCUCCAAAUUCAACGAAAAUGGAUCAAUCAAUCACUCGCGAUCCUGGAGAUCUCUUCCAUGUCCUAUGGU